AUGAUUCCAAUUCAGUCUCAUAUUUCUCACAUUUCAACUAAUGCUGAAACUUUGUCAAUAUCAAUAAAACGAUUUCAUGCAUUUGAAAAAAAAACAUCUGAAAGUCCAAGACCAUUAAUUGAAAGCAUUGCAAUGGUUAAUUCAAUCGAUACAAUUCCAUCAAUACCCAUAAAUCGAAAUGAUACAUUUUUCAGUAAGUUCGAAAGUUCUCCAUCGCUACCAAUCGAAACAAUUUUAUCAAUAAAAUCAGCUGAUAUACAAUAUUAA